AAAUGACAUCUCUUUUUUUUCUAGCACAACAUCCUAAAAUAAGUCCAUCAGAAUGACACCUUCUCAGGUUACUUUUGAAAUAAGAGGAAAUCUGUUACCAGGAGAAGUUUUUGCGAUAUGUGGAAGCUGUGAUGCUUUGGGAAACUGGCGUCCUCAAAAUGCUGUGGCUCUUCUUCCAGAGAAUGAGACAGGUGAAAGCAUGUUGUGGAAAGCAACCAUUGUGCUCAGCAGAGGAGCGUCAGUUCAAUAUCGCUACUUCAAAGGGUGCUUUUUAGAACCAAAGACUAUCGGUGGUCCAUGUCAAGUCAUAGUUCACAAGUGGGAGACUCAUCUACAACCACGAUCAAUAACCCCUUUAGAAAGUGAAAUUAUUAUUGACGAUGGACAAUUUGGAAUCCACAAUGGUAUUGAGACUCUGGAUUCGGGAUGGUUGACGUGUCAGACUGAAAUAAGAUUGCGUUUGCAUUAUUCUGAAAAACCUCCUGUCUCAAUAACCAAGAAGAAAUUUAAAAAAUCUAGAUUUAGGGUUAAGCUGACAUUAGAGGGUCUGGAGGAAGACGAUGAUGAUAGGGUGUCUCCCACUGUUCUUCACAAAAUGUCCAAUAGCCUGGAGAUAUCCUUAAUAAGUGACAAUGAGUUCAAGUGCAGGCAUUCACAGCCUGAGUGUGGGUAUGGCUUACAGCCAGAUCGUUGGACAGAGUAUAGCAUACAGACAAUGGAACCAGAUAACCUGGAACUGAUAUUUGAUUUUUUUGAGGAAGAUCUCAGUGAACACGUAGUUCAGGGCGAUGCCCUUCCUGGACACGUGGGUACAGCAUGCCUCUUAUCAUCCACCAUUGCUGAGAGUGGGAAGAGUGCUGGAAUCCUUACUCUUCCUAUCAUGAGCAGAAAUUCCAGAAAAACAAUAGGCAAAGUGAGAGUUGACUAUAUAAUUAUUAAGCCAUUGCCAGGAUACAAUUGUGACAUGAAAUCUUCAUUUUCCAAGUAUUGGAAGCCAAGAAUACCAUUGGAUGUUGGACAUCGAGGUGCAGGGAAUUCUACAACAACUGCUCAGCUUGCUAAAGUUCAAGAAAAUACUAUUGCUUCUUUAAGAAAUGCUGCUAGUCAUGGUGCAGCCUUUGUAGAAUUUGAUGUACAUCUUUCAAAAGAUUUUGUGCCUGUGGUGUAUCAUGAUCUCACCUGUUGUUUGACUAUGAAAAAGAAAUUUGAUGCUGAUCCAGUUGAAUUAUUUGAAAUUCCAGUAAAGGAAUUAACAUUUGACCAACUCCAGUUGUUAAAGCUCGCUCAUGUGACUGCACUAAAAUCUAAAGAUCUGAAAGAAUCUGUUGUUGAUGAAGAAAAUUCUUUUUCUGAAAAUCAGCCAUUUCCUUCUCUUAAGAUGGUUUUAGAGUCUUUGCCAGAAGAGGUAGGGUUUAACAUAGAAAUAAAGUGGAUCUGCCAACAAAGGGAUGGCAUGUGGGAUGGUAACUUAUCAACAUAUUUUGACAUGAAUCUGUUUUUGGAUAUCAUUUUAAAAACCGUCUUAGAAAAUUCUGGGAAGAGGAGAAUAGUGUUUUCUUCAUUUGAUGCAGAUAUCUGUACAAUGGUUCGGCACAAGCAGAACAAAUAUCCCAUAUUAUUUUUGACUCAAGGAAAGUCUGAUAUUUACCCUGAACUCAUGGACCUCAGAUCUCGGACAACUGCUAUCGCAAUGAGCUUUGCACAGUUUGAAAAUCUACUGGGGAUAAAUGCACAUACUGAAGACCUGCUCAGAAACCCAUCCUACAUUCAAGAGGCAAAAGCUAAGGGAUUAGUCAUAUUCUGCUGGGGUGAUGAUACCAAUGAUCCUGAAAACAGGAAGAAAUUGAAGGAAUUUGGAGUAAAUGGCCUAAUUUAUGAUAGGAUUUAUGAUUGGAUGCCUGAACAGCCAAAUAUAUUCCAAGUGGAGCAGUUGGAACGCCUGAAGCAAGAAUUGCCAGAGCUUAAGAGCUGUUUGUGUCCCACUGUUAGCCGCUUUGUUCCCUCAGCUUUGUGUGGGGAGCCUGAUAUCCACGUGGAUGCCAAUGGCAUCGAUAACAUGGAGAGUGCUUAGUUUUUAUUGGGCAGAGGCCACUUUGGAGGCGUGCACCACUCUUCUGGGUAUUCACUUUUCAUCACUGAGCAUUGUCUGUCUAUGCCUUUUAGGUUUCUCAGUCCAAUGAAGCAAUAAUGAAGUAUUUAACUGUUCACUACAGUUCUUGCUAAAAUUUCAAGUAUGCUAUUUAAAUCACUUGGCCAGGUAUAAUUACCAGUCAUUACAAUGAGAAAAUGUAUUGGUUGGUAAAUAUUUUAAACUAAUAUGUUAAACAUAUAAUGUUAAACAAAUGUUUAUUGAAAGUAUAGCACCUUGAAAUUAACUGUAUUAAUAUCUCACACUUACACUUCUUACAUCUUUUCAUUCAAUCAGGUCUGAUAUUUAGCACUUGAGGAACAUGACUAUGCAUAAUUAUACCUGACCAUGGAAAAAAUAAGUACCUCAAAUGCAUGCAUUUGCACUGGUGAUUCCAACUGCACAGGUCUUUGUGCCAUCUGUGUAUAUAUGUAUUUUUACAUGGAUCGACAUGCACGUUACUAUUCUCAUUCAGUAUGAACCUUGAGGCUGCUGCCAUUUCCCCACUUAACCAAACCAGUGCCUGUGUAAACAGCCUGGAGGUGAUCUUUGAAAACUUGUUUCAUGAGUCUUUCAAAAGUUGUUUUGCAUAAAUGUUAAAAUUUCAAAAUGCUGCAGGGUAAUUUAAUGUAUAAAACAUUAGACGUAUGUAUUUCAUACUUAGUAGAGUAGAUUAUUAUAUAUAAAUUCUAUUCAAUGCAUGCUUUAGGUUUUAAGCAUGAGAUUGUACACGUUUACUGUAAGUCCUUGCAUCUGUGGUGCUAGGUGAGUGUGAGAAGGUGUCAAGGACUGAAAAUAUUUUGUUGCCUAAAAAAAGCCUGUUUGUAGGCAUUUUAAAUACGCUUAUUUUAAGUAUCUCUCACUACCUAUUACACACCGUUGCUUUAGAGGUUUGUUUUGUGUGUGUUGUACAGUAGUUAAACCUCCAUGCAGAAAAAUAAAUGUCCUGAAUUCUCAUAUUGGUAUUCUUUAUUGGUUAAUGUAUAUCAUGCAUGUAAUUUAUUUAGAAAUGUAGACGAUCCUACUAAAUGUAUAUGCACGUUUUUUAGAGUUAUGCUGUUUCUUUCAUGAGAAGCAAAUUAUUUUGGCAUAACUAAUUUAAGAAUGAAUGUUAAAUAAAAUACACAUUUAUUUUCUUCAUUAUAAAAUGAAAUUUCAAGAAAGUGUUACUUUUCUAGAAUGGGUUCUGUAAUAUGAGAAAUUGGAAUUUAAGGUCAAACUUAAAGGGAUGGCUUAUUUUCAUCUACCUUUUACUGCAUGUUCUUCAUUAGAUAGAUUAUUCAUGUAUUGACCUAUUUGGGUAGUAGCUGAGAACCUAAGACUUGGAAUUAUACUUUGUAGCUUUUUUAUUUUUUAAGCCAAGCAGUGCAAUUUUGGUCAGAUCUUAAUGGUGUGAGGAUCACCUUUGAAAUCCUGUGGUAUUGUGUUUAUAACACAGAUAUUUAAUAGAAAAUAGUUUCUGAAAUGGAGUCUUCUGCAAGGGUUCUGUAUAUUUUUUCCAUGUUGAAUGAGAUUCUCUAACACUUUGGUGUGAAUUAGGUACUUUAAGAAAACUGAAAAAUAAUUAGUUUUCUUCAUUUGCAGACCUUAUACAAUGCAGUUACCAUUAUCUUACGGUAACUUGAUUAGCCAAAUGUGUGCAUUUAUAGUCUGUUCAUUUGCUCCACCCCUAUGCCUUUCAGGUUUUAGCUCCAUUUUGAAAACUUCCGAUCAUAAAGGGAAAGAAGAGAGGUGGAGGUGGGUUUUCUGAACAGUGCGAUUUGCUAAGAGGAGCUUCUUAUAUGACUGUUGCCAGAACCUCACUCCUCACUUUAUUUUUCUGUCUCUUCCUGACCUUAUAAACCAGAGUUAGUAGAUGAUUAAAGCAUAGCGAGCAGUGGCUCCCCAUUUUUAUAGGACUGAGUUCUGGCGUCCGUUAUCACUAGUUGUUGCCCUGCAUACUCUGCUCCGGCCACGCUGUAUUUGUGCUAGGCCCUGGCCAUGCCAUACUCUACACUACUCCCUCUCUGUCACCAGGUGCCCUCCGUGUAGAAGCCCUCUCCUCCCCGGAGACACUUCCUCCUUACACCCAUCUCAUUUAUUUUCAAGCCGUUGACCUCUCUCCCCUGAGCCUUUGCCAAAACUUCUUCGGAAGGGAUGAAUCCAUCUUUUGUACUCCAUGGCCACAUAGUUAUACCUUGGUCAUACCAUGCAUCAUAGUACAUUCUAGGUAGGCAUAGUUGAUGUUCAUCUCACCUACGAGGAUGAGAACCCUUCAAGGGCAGGGACUUAGUGUCUUACUCUUUUUUAUUUCCACAGUAAAUAGAACAGUAGAAAAUAAAUGUUAGAAUUAUUGAGCUAAUAUAAUUUAUAUCAAAAUGUCCUUUUGGAUUAAAUGAUUUAGUUCAUGUUUACUAAGAAUGUAAACUUUGAAGUGGUUUGCAUUUUGACCAUUGGAAUAGUGUAUCGAUGUCAUAGAGGUAUAAUGUUAAAUUAUUUUGUAUCUUCUGGAAACAGAGUGAAAUGCUUGAUAAAAUACCGCCAUUCUUCUAUGGUGUUUUCUACACUCUGGAAUUAUGUACUGUUGACUGGAUAUAAGUGCAAAGAAUGCAGCUCAUUGCUGUGUCAGUAGUGCCUGGGGGUUACCACGGCCACCCCUUUACCUCACUCCCAUUGUUCUUUAUGAUGCUCGUCUUCUCCCCUCCAAACCCCAUGCUUAGGCCUACCUCAGUCCCGCUUUCCUUGUCUGAAAUGCUUUCUCUGUCUCCUUUCGGUGUCCAGCUCAGGUGCCACCUACUCCAUAAAACUUUCCUCACCUUUUGCUUAGAAUCAUGAUGCAAAUGAAUGCAGACACUCUAAAUCUCACUGCUUUACUUUGCAGCUGAGGCAAUAAACCCAGAGAAGUUAACUGACUGACAUGUUGGGACUAGAACUGGGUUUCGUGACCAUGCUGUGUUCUUAAACUAUGCUGCCUUCUGAAUUCUUGUGGCAUUUGUUAGCAUGUGCUUUCUUAUAGUCCAACUUUUUAUGUGCCUGUUAAUAAGAUUGUAAGCCCCUUAAGGGCAGGGACUUCUGUGCAUUUCCAGCACAACUGUAGUGUUCUAUACUUAGUUAUGAACUAGAUAAAUAAAUGGCGGUGGCAAUGA